AUGCUAAGGAAUCGCAUUGGGAACGGUGAAGCUGAAUCUAUGGCUAUCAACAGCACAAACAGCGUUAAUGCCCUGCCCAAUUCAUUAUGGCAUUCACCUGUUCCAUAUCUGUUGGGAGGAGUCUGUGUCAUCGUACUUUUACUAGCAGUUGCUUUUAUUCUUUUGCUCUUAUCCAGCCUAAAGAUUGCUCAUAAUGGCCCAAGUGGUAAUGAAGGUGCCCAUAUGAUAAAUAUUGAAGAUGGAGAAAAGAAUGCCGAAACAAAAUUGUCUGGUUGUGAUCAAAAAACAGUAGAGAGCGUAAUCGUCGUAAUGGCUGGUGAUGAGGAGCCUUCUUUUCUGGCCACACCAAUUAUGUUGUCAGAAUCUGCCAAGGAAGAUGUGUUGCAGAUGGCAGUAUGA